CCGAAUCCUUGUUUCCAAUGUGCAAUCGCCACAGGCGAGGCUGGAUUAGAAACAUCCGAAGUAAGACAGCCUGCGAGAAGAGGCAGAUGGGUGGCAAAUCGCGCUCUGGCACCCGGUGGGAGGAAAAGUCUGAAUUCAAUGCACGGUCUGCUGAGUUGGCAACCGCUAUCAGUCCAUGGAUCUAUGCUCGUCCACCCAAUAAACCCUGCACCUGAGCGGGGGCACAUGCGGGAUUAUUCCUCUGCAGAUGUGGGAGAUCAGCUGAAGAGAAUCGGUCCCUCAUAG